AUGAGAAACCAAGAUUUGUCCCACCUUCAGUUGUUCUUCCACUCCACCACAACGGCUACAUUCCAAACCUUGUUUACGGCAGUGGUGAUUUCACAUGGACAACAUCCGAUGCUGACGGAAUUACACUUGGGCAAGCCUACAACAUUAUUUCCCAUAAAAUAG